CUGUCCAGCAUCAGGUUUCACUAGAGAAGAAGAGAGAAGCGGUAAAGACAGAAAGAAGGAAAUAAACAAACUCUGGAAAUCCAAAGAACCAAGCAGUUGUUGAGUGAGCGUCCACUUCAUCUGCCUUUAUUCUGCUGCACGGUUUGAGUCUCUGACAGCUCGGGGUCAUGAGGUCGUCGCUCCUCCUCCUCCUCGUCCUCCUCUCCUUCCUCGCAGGCGUGACACAUGUUCGGGGGGCGUCAGACUUCAGAGUGUGUGCCUUUAAUCUCCAUCACUUCGGGGAGUCCAAGUCCAAGAAUGCAGCUGUGAUGCACACUCUUUCCCGGAUCAUCACUCGCUGUGACGUGUGUUUGCUCCAGGAAGUGAGAGACAGUAAAGAGAAAGCUCUGCCGCUGCUGAUUUCACGUCUCAACAGCUAUGACACCAAACAUCGGUAUGAUGCUGUGGCCAGUGAGAGGCUGGGCAGGUCUGAGUCGUACCAGGAGCAGUACGUGUUUGUUUAUAGGACGGACACGGUGACCGUCACAGGACAGUACCAGUAUCCAGACGAUCAGCUGGGAGAUGCUUUUUCCAGAGAGCCUUUCGUUGUCCGCUUCAAAGCCCCAAAUACAGCGAUAAAGGAGUUUGUCCUCAUACCUCAACACACCACUCCGACCAACACCACCAGGGAGCUCGACUCGCUGUACGACGUCUUACAACAUGUGAAAAAUAUGUGGAAAACUGAGAAUGUGAUACUUCUUGGAGACUUCAACGCUGACUGUGGCUACCUCGCUAAGAAGAACAGGAAGUACGUGCGCCUGAUUACAGACACAAGUCUCAUUUGGCUCAUAAAGGAUAAAACGGACACCACGGUGCGAUCGACCACCUCCUGCACCUACGACAGGAUCGUUGUGAACGGGGAGAGAUUUGUCAGAGAAAUUGUGCCAUUUUCAGCCAAACCAUUUAACUUCCAAACAGAAUACAGACUCACAGAUGAGCAGGCACUGGACGUGAGCGACCACUACCCGGUGGAAGUCCUGCUGAAAGUUGUCAAAUCAAGAUUCCCCUUCAACGGCGCCACUUCUUUGACGUUAAGUGGCAUCAAGGAGACUCUGUCAAAGCUCUGCUCUUUUUUUCUCCUCAAACAUCUCGUGGUAGUUUAAAGUCUCUGUGUAAAGCGAUGGAGAAAAAUACCUAACUUUGUCACCCCACAGGAAAUAUAGGGUUGGAAAAAAGAAAGUCAAAAGUGUUUGGUUUCAAAUCAUUAUUUAGAGCACCUUAAUUUGUUAAUCAUUUGUGAUUAUCGUAUUGUACGAGGAAGGAUGACGAUAUAUCUCCAAAUUGAUAUUAUAACCCUCCCCUAUUGUUCAUCAUUUUCCUGACUCAUUAGACUCUAUACUGCCCCUGUGGUUUCCCUGUGGUAUUUCUCUGUUUCGUCCCCCAUCGGAAGCUCUCCUGCGACUGACGUAAUGAAGUGCUGACGAAAGUAUAAAUGAGCCAUAGACAUAGACAUAUUCUCUUUAGUGUGAACCAAAGCAGCUGGUUUGGCCACAGUCCUGCUCUCUGUCGCCCUCUGUCUCUCUCUGUGGUAACUGCAGCCUCACAGCAGGAGUCUGCUUUACUAUUCUGUGUGUUUACAUCCAGGAUAAAGGUUACAGGACAAAGGCAUUUCAGCUCUCAAACCAAAGGUUAUAUUGUUAAUCACGGGUGAGCAGUAAAAUAGUUUAUAUAUCAUUACAGUGUUUUAUACCAAUGAUGACUCCAGAGCGUCAUGAGACAUUAUCUUUUUUUAAAAGCCUUAAAAAUCCUGAAGAGAAAGUAUUUACUGC